AUGUCGAUAGGAACGAGGGGUACGAGAGUGAAUGCAAAGCUGCACAGUGAAGAGCUCAAGGACGCGUAUCGAGUGUGGCUCAAAGAUCUGUACGAUGAUAAACCCGAGAGGCUGCUGAAAAAGCUUGAUAAAAAGAAGAAACGCAGUGGCGGACGCCGCGCACGACGACAUCAACUCAUGCAACAUGCUCAGCAACAUACCGCAGCCAGUGCUCUUAAAGAUGUCGCUCUAAAGGAGGUGAAACUUCCGUCAUUAGUGCACACGCCAGCGGAUAAACAAGCACUGCAAGAAUCGCAGAAUCGACGACAUCAAGCACUCGUGGAUGAAGCAAAUUAUUCUGCUAUCCAGUACUCAAACCAGCCAUCGUGGCGACCUGGACUUGCGUUCUUUCAGCAGCUAGUGCGCCAACUACUCCAGAAAACCUCCGCAGAAUCGCAAAGCGGGGAUUGUUCCAAUGGUGUUAUUACGGUAGAGUUGGCUGGGUUUCCUGUUCUAGUUGCGCCAAUUCUCCUUCGAGUUCCGAUUCGUCGUCAAGGUAGUGAAGAUUGUUUUGGUGUCGCGUUAUUAUUUUGUCAGGAACACAACCAAGAUCAACAAGCAGUAAGAUCAAGCGGGGAGAUCCCGUCGUUUGUUUUAAAGUGCCGUGUGUAUGUGAGAUCAUGUAGUUGGCAAGAACACCGCGAUACACUGGUGGAUAUCGUAUCGAGUUCGUCAUCUGGAAUUUGUGCAGUGAGAAAGUGCGCUGAAAACUUCGAGUCUCGAAACAACGAGUUACAGCUUUUACGUACCCGCCAAGAGGUUGAAAAGGCAACAGAUGAGCUUUGGAUAAACUCCAGUGAUACCGGCUCCGGCACCGAUUUGCAUGCCAUUCAGAGGUAUAUUCCGUUCAAGGGAGCAUCGAUUCGUUUCAACGCUUUCACAACUUCAGAUAUGAUUACUUCAGCUGAACGAAAAGCUUGGAUAGCACGUUGUGCUUCGCGUAAUAGGGAUAAAAACUCAUCAACUGUUUGGAUCAUUUCUGGUGGAGGCGUUUGUGGCAGACUUACAGCAACACGCCGUGAAGAAUGCCAGCUAGUUAAAUGUACCGUCGAUCAAGCCUGGUCGGAACCUCGGCUAUUAACUUCGAUGUGUGCAAUGUUAUUAGAGAAGGCUCUACGGAUUCGAUUCAAUGAACUGGUGCUAGAUCUACUUCAAGACACUUCUGGGACUUGGUGGUUGCUACAAGUAAAGGCUUUUACGCUUGCUUCCACUCGUCCUGCGUCUGCAGCAACAACAUCGUCACUGUCCACUAAGACUUUACCAGGUCUGUCACGAACUCAAUCAGCACCGACUCGAUUUGAAGUUGGGGUCACUCCAACUCCCAAGUGGAGGAAGUGGCGUUGUGCUGGGCGAUAUUGUGCCUGCAAAAGCUCGUCAAAGACAGAAAACCAGCAAGUUAAUGGCAUUGAUGGACCAGACGAUAGUAACGAACCGAGUGGUUAUCUCACGAAGAAAAUGUUACGAAGUUGUGAGUUUUACGAUGAUUUUAUUCAACAACAGGAUAUGAGUCUUGCAGGCGGCUUUACAGAGUUUCAUUCAGCAUUGACGUUCCAUUUGCAGCACCGUCUACCGAAGCGUGAUCGCAGUCAGCUCUAUGAACCCCAACCACUUUGUGGUGCAUGCGUUAAACAGUAUCAUUCACUACGACAGCAGUGGAUGGAAACGGUGGAAGCUCCGAAAACGAUGGCUACACGUGCAGGUCUUCAUAGGAAAAAUACUCAGACCAAGGAUUAUAGCGAACAAACUUUGCUGCCUCCUCACAAGCUCCCGUCUCUUCAACGAACGCCUGCAGCUUUAUCGGCGUUGAAUUCUUCGUAUUCUAGUCCAGCACGAGCACUCAGUGAUACUUCGAAGUUAACCAAGCACGAAGGCACCACGAAACAAUCAAAUUACCUGACUGAGCUUGCUGCGAUGGAAAAAAUGCUAGCUGAACACGAGCCGCCUUUGCUGAUGAACGAAAAGAAACGUGAAGCUCAACAUGCACAGGGUCAAGUUGCUUCGGUAAGCUCAUCAACGACUAACGUACUGUCGACUAAAUCGUCAGACCACGACGGCAUUUUCCCCACGUGGGAUGGUGUCACUCGAAUCGAAGAAAUGUGGCAAAACUUGACUUUCAAACCCCUCGAAACACAACUAACCGAAGUUGGGGCAAAAGGCGUUGGCAUGAAACAAGGUUACAAUUCCAUUUCCCUGCAACAAGAGCUUGCGAAGGUUGUCAAAGUGAGUGACUCUACUGAUGGAGACACUGAAAGGGCUAACAAGAUACACGAAGAAGUUCACCCAUCCUACAGAAAUGCCCCCACGAAGGCUGUCGCUGCCUAUAUAGUCCAGGUUCAACACUGCCGUCGGGUAUUCGAGGACGAAUCCUAUCGUGAAGAUCUUGUGAACAAUACAAUGAGUGCGCUUCGCUCGGGCAAUUCGAAUAUCUGCUUGGUAGUCACCCCACACUCGCAAGAUCCCCGCGAUAAGAAACACGUCAACGAGGCAGAGGAUGAACUAGCCGAAAUGGCGUUGCGUUCGCUCUACAUCGACGUCAAACAAGCGAUUGCAGCUUCGUCCGAUGGUCUGAGCUCUGACUUGCUGCUUUCGUCGUGGCCAAUGCGACCAAAAGUCUGCCGUGAAAUAAGCGGAUGUAUCACAGUAAAGCUGGGUCCAGCAUAGACAAAGCACAUGUAUGAAAAUAGAGAAAGCAUUGAUCGAA